AUGGACUCCCACAGUCUUCUCCUCAUUAUUUCAGCUCUACUUGUCUCCACCAUUUUCUCAGUCUCAGCUGAUGUGUUUGCAAGCAUCGACUGCGGGUCCCCGGACGUGUACACGGACGAGAACCUGAUCGUGUGGACGGGGGACAGCGACCACAUUCAGAACGGGGAAAUCCGGUCCGUCCGGAGUCCCACGGUGUCCCGCGUGAUGGACACGCUCAGGGUUUUCUCGAGCCGGAGGAAGAACUGCUACUCCAUCCCCGGGGUCUCUACGGGGGAACGCGUGCAGUUACGCGCCAGCUUUCACUAUGGGAACUACGACGGGAGGGCUUCGCCCCCGACUUUCGAUCUCCAGUUCGAUGGGAACCGCUGGACCACGGUGGAGACGUCGAGCACGCAACCCGUGAUCUACGAGGCUAUUUAUGUGGCCAAGGGAGAGUACGUGAGCGUUUGUGUUGCCCAGACGAGGGCCGGGGAGCUCCCGUUCAUAUCGGCCCUCGAGGUGCGGAGCUUGGACCCCACAAUGUAUAGCCACGUCGACAAGAAUUAUCCUCUGCUUUUAGUGACGAGGGUCGCCUACGGUGCGAAUCAAACUAUUAGGUACACAGAUGACCCUUAUGACAGAAUAUGGACACCAGUACCAGGUGGGACCGGGUUGACUAGUGUUGCGUCCGAUGCUAUUUUCAUCGACAAUAGUGUGCCAGAUAACCCUCCCUCUGCAGUUCUACAAAAUGCCGUCACUACAACGACACCUUCAGGUGAAAUCCAACUACCCACAGCCUUGCCUCCCGGCCAAACACCUAUCUACCUCAACAUGUACUUUUCCGAGGUCACUCAACUUGACACUACCCAAAGGAGAUCCUUCCAAGUUCUUAUGGACACUGAGCCUCUCAUGGAUCAACCCAUCCUACCGCCUUAUGGGAGCUGCAGGGAACUGUAUGCUAGCAACCUCACUGUCUCAUCGAACGCUACUUUUUCUCUUGUACCGACUAAGGACUCAACUCUGCCUCCCCUCAUCAACGCCAUGGAAGUUUUCUCGAUUGGGGAUGUUUUGACGGAUGGAACCGACACCAAAGAUGUGGAAGGAUUAGCUUCUUUGCAAAACGAAUUUGCUGUUUUACAAGAGUGGAGUGGCGACCCAUGUCUCCCGGCACCUUAUUCAUGGGAUUGGAUCAAUUGUACUACCGAUUAUCCACCACGAGUAUCAGCAUUGUAUCUGAGUAGCUUUGAUCUCUCAGGGAAAAUUCCAGAUUUUAGCUCCAUGGAUGCUUUGGUAACAAUUGAUUUUCGAAAUAACAGCUUGAAUGGACCGAUUCCUGAGUUCCUUGCCACAUUUCCUAAUCUCAAACAAUUGAAUCUUGCAAGCAACCAGUUAACAGGUUCUGUGCCAAACUCAUUGGCAAAGAAAAAUGGGUUGAAUUUAGUAGUUCGCAACAAUCCAGAGCUAUGCACGUCGGGGAACUCGUGUACAACCGCAACAAGUUCAGUAUCAGAGGAUCCUACAGGAUUGAGCCCAUCGGGCACAAGUACAAAGAAUAAGAGAAAAAACAAGAAAUUGCCUGUAAUACUUGGGACCACAAUCCCAAGUACUAUUGUCAUAUGGGCAUUAGUGGGAAUUUUCAUCAUACUACGGCGCAGGAGAAAACCCGUUGCUGUGGCUACAUCCAACUCAGGACAUCAAGGAGGUAACAAGCCACAACCUGCUACAUCACCUAUAAACCCUCACAUGAUAGGUAAAGUAAGUCAGACGAUUUUGGAUGAAGUGAAGGCGAACAUAGAGGAUCAAAUUUCUGAUUCAAUUAAUCAACAACUAAAUGGAAGUAUUUCCAAUUGUUGA